CCACAUCGCACUCUCCCUGUGUGACGUUCCCCCUCCAUCACAAUGGAAUAUUUUUCCUCUUUCACUCUAUCAAUUAUAGAGCUCUCAGCUCUGGUACUUCUCUAUCAUCUAUGGAAAACUAAGGUAUACUACAGGAACAAGAGUACGAACAAGAGGGCUGUCCCUCAACCGAAUGGGGCGUGGCCUCUCAUAGGCCACCUCCCUCUACUUACUUCUCCAGUACCAGUAUGUAAAAUACUUGGAGCCAUGGCAGAUGAAUGUGGCCCCAUCUACUCACUUAAGCUCGGCCGGCACCAAACCUUGAUUGUGAGCGGCUGGGAAAUUGUGAAAGAAUGCUUCACUGUAAAUGACAGAAUUUUGGCUACGCGGCCAAGUAUAUCGGUGGGGAAAUAUAUGGGCUACGACAACGCCAUCUUUGCGCUUGCUCCUUAUGGGCCAUACUGGCGGGAGAUUCGCAAAAUAGCCACUACGGAUCUUCUCUCAAGCCACAGACUUGAGAGCCUAAAGCACGUGAGGCACUCGGAGGUUGAAACAUUAGUUAAAGAUUUGAAUUUUCUCUGUGCAGAGAACCCAUUCAAUCCUGUUAAGGUGAAUAUGAGUAAUUUGAUCGAACACUUCACUUUCAAUGUAAGCCUGAAGUUGAUAGCUGGCAAGCGAUUUUCAGGCACACAGUAUGCUGAACAAGGCAGCGAGGCCUGGCGUAUUGAGAGAGCCAUAAAAGAAGCAUUAUAUCUCGCUGGGGUUUUUGUUCCUGGGGAUGCCAUUCCAUGGCUUGAAUGGAUAGAUUUUCAAGGACAUGUGGGUUCAAUGAAAAGAACUUUUAAGGAAAUCGAUCAAGUCCUCGGAAAUUGGCUUGAAGAACAUUUUCAGAGAAAAUUGCAAGGUGAAAGUAAUGCUCAAAAAGAUUUCAUGGACGUGUUGAUAUCAAAAAUCCCAGAAGGUGCUGUAACAUCUGGCCAUACCCGUGAAACUGUCAUCAAGGCAACAUGUUUCAUUCUAAUCUUUACUGGCGCAGAAAGCACUUCUGUGGGCAUGACAUGGGUACUCUCCCUGUUGUUGAACCACCCAAAAGUGCUCAAGGCUGUACAAGAAGAGCUAGACAGCCAAGUCGGCCGAGAAAAGUGGGUUGAAGAGUCAGAUAUCAAUAACCUGAAAUACUUCCAAGCAGUUGUCAAGGAAACAUUUCGGUUGUAUCCUCCAGGCCCUGUAACAGGGCUUCGUGAGGCCAUGGAAGAUUGUAAUAUCUGUGGUUACGAUAUCUCGAAGGGCACGCGUUUGAUCGUUAACAUAUGGAAGUUGCACAGGGACCCACGAAUUUGGCAAGACCCGGAUGAGUUUCGGCCAGAAAGGUUUAUGACAACUGAACCUGAAAAUGACGUUAAAGUUCAACAAUUUGCGUAUAUUCCAUUUAGCUAUGGUCGAAGAUCCUGCCCUGGAAUGACUGCUGGUUUACAAUUGGUACAUUUAACUCUUGCUCGGCUACUUCAGGGAUUUGAUUUGGAAGCAGUUGAGGGCAAACCAGUUGAUAUGCAGGAAGCUUUGGGACUUGCGCUGCCCAAGUUGAAACCUCUUGAAGUUACCAUCAAACCACGGCUUAAUUCGGAUCUUUAUCAAUGUGUUUGAAGCUUUUAAUGGGAAGAAACUCCUUAUUUAUGUUGUUUUCAAAGCUAGGGUGUCUUCAUGUGAAAUCAAACUUAUCCUGGUGGCUAUAGCCUCAAAUUCUGACUUCUGAGAGCCGGUCACUCUCUAUUUAAGGGUCUGGAAAGUAACGUUAAAAAUAAAUGUCGUGGUUUCAACUUGCUCAAUAAAAGCAUCUUUGAUGGUACUAUUAAUUAUCUUCUUCUCAUGAGAGAAUGAUUGUAGACACUGAAAGGACUCUGCAUUUAUUAAUGGUUUUCUUAGUUCA